AACUGGGCCGGUGGGCGCCAGCGGCGCACGGCGGGACCCACGGAGCCCCGCGACCCGCCGAGCCUGGAGCCGGGCCGGGGCGGGGAAGCCGGCUCCAGCCCGGAGCAAACUUCGCAGCCGGGCGGGGGGUGGCGGGGACCCCGUCCCGAGCCGGAGGAGGGGGCGGCCGCGGGCCCUCCCGCCUCUGCGCCCGCGUCUCCGGGCACCAUGCUGUCCAACUCCCAAGGCCAGACCCCGCCGGUGCUGUUCCCCAACCCGCCGCCGCCGCCCCCGCAGCCCCCCGCCCCGGCCCAGCCACCGCCGCUGCCCCCACAGCAGUUCCCCCAGUUCCACGUCAAGUCGAGCUUGCAGAUCAAGAAGAACGCCAUCAUCGACGACUACAAGGUCACCAGCCAGGUCCUGGGACUGGGCAUCAACGGGAAAGUUUUGCAGAUCUUCAACAAGAGGACCCAGGAGAAAUUCGCUCUCAAAAUGCUCCAGGACUGCCCCAAGGCCCGCAGGGAGGUGGAGCUGCACUGGCGGGCCUCCCAGUGCCCACACAUCGUGCGCAUUGUAGAUGUCUACGAGAACCUGUAUGCAGGCAGGAAGUGCCUGCUGAUUGUCAUGGAGUGUUUGGAUGGUGGAGAACUAUUUAGCCGAAUCCAGGACCGAGGAGACCAAGCAUUCACAGAAAGAGAAGCGUCAGAAAUCAUGAAGAGCAUUGGCGAGGCCAUCCAGUAUUUGCACUCAAUCAACAUUGCUCAUCGGGACGUCAAGCCUGAGAAUCUCUUAUACACCUCUAAAAGGCCCAAUGCCAUUCUGAAACUCACUGAUUUUGGCUUUGCCAAGGAAACCACCAGCCAUAACUCUUUGACCACUCCUUGUUAUACGCCAUACUAUGUGGCUCCAGAAGUGCUGGGCCCAGAGAAGUAUGACAAGUCCUGUGACAUGUGGUCCUUAGGUGUCAUCAUGUACAUUCUGCUCUGUGGGUAUCCCCCCUUCUAUUCCAACCACGGCCUUGCUAUCUCUCCGGGCAUGAAGACUCGCAUCCGAAUGGGCCAGUACGAAUUUCCCAACCCAGAAUGGUCAGAAGUAUCAGAGGAAGUGAAGAUGCUUAUCCGAAACCUGCUGAAAACAGAGCCCACUCAGAGAAUGACCAUCACAGAGUUUAUGAACCACCCCUGGAUCAUGCAAUCAACAAAGGUCCCUCAAACUCCACUGCACACCAGCCGGGUCCUGAAGGAGGACAAGGAACGGUGGGAGGAUGUCAAGGAGGAGAUGACCAGUGCCUUGGCCACAAUGCGCGUCGACUAUGAGCAGAUUAAGAUAAAGAAGAUUGAAGAUGCGUCCAACCCUCUGCUGCUGAAGAGGCGGAAGAAGGCUCGGGCCCUGGAGGCUGCAGCCCUGGCCCACUGAGCUGCUGAGCCCUCCUGUCCGCGGGAGGACAAGCAAUAACUCUACAUGAAUUUAUUUUUUAAACGAAGAGACACAGACUGUCCACUUCUGCCUCCUGUCCUCUGCAGCUUUGUGGAGUCUGAGACAGCGUCAGUGGCUGAAUCCUGCCUUUGGUCCUGGCCAUUCCAGAGACGGAGGGGCCAGGAGGCUGUGGAGAGGGGAGCAAGCAGCUCUCACACCUGUGCUCAUUUUGCAAUUUUAUCAGUGAUU